GUCUAUGGAAAUGGUAUUUGUUUUCAAUGGGAUUUGCGUUUUUGUGAUUUUUCUGGAAAUUAUAUUAGAAUAUUGAUUUCCCCGACUAUUGUUAAAAAUAUCAUUAUUAAUUACUUUAUUUGCUGUGCAGAAAUAAACAUCAUCAACUGUUUCCCAGUAUUCAUUGUGUGCAAGUGAAAGGCUGAACCAGUGAGUGGAAAUCUAACGGGAGCCCCCGUUUCUAUUUGGGACCUAAAAACUUAUUAUGCCUCAUGAUUUGAAAGAGCUGGGUGUAAGGAAAGCAAUUAUGGCUCCCUUAUCGCCAACGCCGUGCGCUGAGAUCAGCGAUGACGAGCUGGUCUCCAUCUCAGUACGAGACUUAAAUCGGCAGCUCAAGAUGAGAGGUCUAACUCGAGAUCAGAUCGUCAGAAUGAAACAACGUCGAAGAACCCUCAAGAACAGAGGCUACGCUGCCUCGUGCCGCAUCAAACGAAUAGAGCAGAAGGAUGAACUGGAAACGGAAAAAAGUCAGGAAUGGCACGACAUGGAACUAAUGCAAGAAGAGAACACCAGGAUCCGUGAAGAGAUUGAGGCGCUACGCAGCAAGUAUGACGCGCUCAAGAGAUUCGCCGUCAUGAAGAACAUUCCGUUGCCGCACGAACUCGAAAUGAUGCCGUAGUUUGUACGUAAUUUAAUUAGUAGUUGUAGUGAAAGCAGUUUUAGAAAGAUGUCUACUGUUUUGGUAAAUUAAUAAGGUUUGUUUAAUGAAUUAGCUAGUUUCCUAAAAGAAACUUCUUAGUCCGUCAAUUAUAUUAACAAACUAGCUUUCCGCCCGCGGCUUCGCACUCGUGGACUACAUUAUCUACAUAUUUAACGGAACCCUAUUUAUUUCCAAAAUAAAAUUUAGCCUAUGUUACUCGUGGAUAAUGUAGCUUUCGAAUGGUGAAAGAAUUUUUAAAAACGGUCCAGUAGUUUUUGAGCCUAUUCAUUACAACCAAACAAACAAACAAAGUUUUCCUCUUUAUAAUAUUAUAGUGUAGAAAAUAUUGGACACAAUUUUUUAUUUGCGAAUCAAACAACUAAUUACGAAGUUAUGAUGCGUCACAUGUUCCGCGUGACGUCACAAAGUUCCACACUUUUAUACACUCCUUGACGUCACGGGCCUCUUAUUUAGAACUUUGGCGUCCUUUAUCUCUUUCAAUUUUCAUUAGUUUGAAAAAGUGAAAAAUAUGUGUGGAGUGUUUUUUGAAAAGUUGACUGACUUAUUCUAACUCUUGCUUUUUUAUCCAGGAUACACCUUAUUGUAAAAGAUCAACAAUAUUAUACAAUAACUUGUGUAGUUAGUAGUGCUACAGACAGAAAAAUAAUAUAUUUUAUGUAUAACAAGAUUCUUAUUUUGUUCAAAAUUGUAAAUGUAGCAGUUCUAACUGCACUUAUAAAACUAGUACAUUAGAAUAUUAUUCUAGUAAAGAAAGUGACAUCUUUUUAAAGUUAUUUUCAUAAAUUGCUAGUGUAAUUUUUAUAGUUAAGGUGGUUGGAAUUAAGUAAGAUUUGUCAUUGCCAGUAUGUGAAAACCUGUUCUAUUUGGAACUACAUAGAUGAUCAAUUUGUACAUUAUUAUUAUUAAAUAGUAAAGAAGUGAUUGUACCUGUAAGCCCAAUUUUAUUAUAGUUAAAAAAUUAUACCUCCUCAAUAACUUGUCUCAAUUGAAUAGCUGUUUAAAAUAAAAAAUAACUUACUUGCCUAAUUUAUUUGUAGUUCAAAAGUAGGUUUUUCUUAAAAUAUUUGUAACUAGAUUAUGAAUGCUAGGACUUAGGCUGACGCCCGUUCACAAACGAUGCUUGCUUAGUGAAGCAGCAAAUCGAACGCACAGCGUUGAAUAGAGCUCUGUGAUUGGUUCGUGUGUCACCCUGUGCGUCCACGCGUCCACUAGUAAUGUUUGUGAAUACGGGCGUGAGUUGCACCAGUUUAUUUUAACCGUGACUAUAACCAUAUCUGGUGUUUUUUGUAUGGAGUUUGACAGCUUUUGACGUUUGUUAAAGUUAAAGUAAGAUGGUGCAACCCAGCCUUAUUAUACAGGGUGUCCCAGAAUGGGUGAAUCAAA